AUGGCGGGCAGCAGCAUGCCAAUCGAAAUCCAAGAGGAAAUCAUAAAAAGGAUUCCUGAUGUGAAAUCGUUGGUUCGAUUUCGAUCGGUUUCAAAAGCAUGGAAGUCUGUUAUUGAUAGCCCCUCGUUUGUCAAUGAUCACACCCGGCAGUGUCAACACCAUCCUCGCCAUCAACUCGUAACCUACGGAAGAUGGAAGUCGUUAGUUCACGAUUACAUAUAUUCAUCUGCAGUUGUAGAUGACGAUGAUAGUUUCUGCCAACAAGAGGUCAUGAGGCCGACUAUAUUAUAUCCCGCUCCCGCUGAUGGAAGUAUACAAAGAAGCAGUAGCUCUCAUGGCUUGGUCUGCGUUUACCCUUUCAUAGAAAGGUGUUGGGAAACUACUGCCACUGCUGUGAUUUGGAAUCCUGCAAUAACUAGAAAACCGAUUUCCAUUGAUGUUACUAUUCCUAGUUCAUUGCCUCAUUACAAUAAGGGUGUUGUUGGUUUUGGGGUCUGUCCUCGCACUCUUGACCCUAAGCUUGUCAAGAUUACACGGGAUGAUCAUGACUACACAAUCCCUUGGCAAGUUGAGGUUUAUACAUUAAGCUCGGGAAUUUGGAGAAGUAUUAAUCACAAUCUGCCUCCUCGUACAUUGGGAUUUCACUUCGAACAUGUGGUUGUAGAUCAUGGGUUUAUUUAUUGGCUUUCUACGUAUUUUGAUGAUGAAUUUCAGCAGGAACUUAAUAUGAUUAUGUCGUUUGAUGUAACAACCGAAGAGUUUGUACUAGUAUACCUUCCUGAUAGCUUAGCAACUUAUAGGCUUGUGGAUGUGGUUUUAAGUACACGAAUGGAUUCUCUUGUUGUGAUUGAAAAACCCUGUUAUGGUGUAUGGAAGAUGGAGGAGCAUGGUGUAACAAGAACGUUUACAAAGCUAUUCCACAUUCGCACACCAGCUGAGGAAACAGUACUAGAUAGGGUGCACGGAUUUAGGAAUAAUGGCGAACCUAUUAUUGAAGUCAUUAAUCAUCAGUUGCAAAAUCGUGGGCUUUAUGCAUAUGAACCCUUGUUGGGACGGACGAUCAAGUUUACCGGAAUUGAUAUUGAUAAGGAAGAAGAACUUAUAAAGUGUGUGACUUCCUACACGGAAACUCUACUAUUGUUUGAUCAAUAA